AUGGCAGAAGCCCAAUUACGCUCUUGCAUAUAUGAGCAUAUUCAUAGACUCCCAAGCAGAAGUAGCAGAGCAGUAUAGCUCGAAUACCCCAUUGAUAUUGCAUGUUAAAAAUACUAAAGGCGCGAAAAGAAAUCUAAAAGCUAAUUUGUGUAAAAUGGGCAAUUCUCAUUUUAGGCUUCACUUUUCCGUUCAAAACUGAACUGCCAGAAAAAUAUCUUUUUGGCGUAUUUAAGUUUAGAUUGCUAAUUAGUUAUUAUAUUGUUCAUAGUAAUCUAAUAUAUAACAUAAGCAAUACAAACAAUCAGUUCUUCACCUAUAAAGUCUGCUGAUACUUUACUUGAGCGAAGUCCUAUUCGCCAUCCACCCAGAGAAGACUGCCAAAUAUCUGCCCAUGUGAAUAUGUAUAGUCCAAUAUACGAAACACCUCCAAAACCUGUAAAAGUAGCUGAAUGUGGAAUAGGUACAUAUGAUGAAAAUUUUGACCUUGUAACUGGAAAAAUCAAAUCUAAAUAUAACGAAAAAUCCCUAGACAAAAUUAUGUACACUAACCGUAUCAGAUUCAAAACAAUACAAGAAGCAGCCAACGAUUUAAAUGUAUCUACCACAUAGACACUUGACAAUAGUAAUAAAAUGCUGCGUUCCAAGAUUGAUAAUUUGAGAACUUACGUCAUCAAAAGAAUGUAAUUUUAAGUCAGAGAUUCAAUUAGCCACAAGCCUCAAGGCACUCUUAAAAGGAUAUUGAGUGAAGCAAAAUGCGUGCCAGAAAGAAGAUCGGCUUCAGUAUUUACUGGAGAUCGUGGAAAGAAACUUUCAUUAUUCGAGGAUUCCUCAAAACCCAUGAAUAAGACAUCAAAAUCUACAUUCAAAAUGGUCAGAGCAAAAUCCACGCUGAGGCCUUAUCUGGAGCGCACAGAAUUAAGCUCAAGGAGCACUCAGUUUGCAAGAACAACUAGUGAUCUAAAAAAGCAUUAA